CCCUUACUUACACCCGACACCGAGGCCCCUCCUCCUCGGAGCUCUUUAAUGGCGACCAGAAACCCUAACCCUAACCCUAUCUCUCGAAACCCUAGGUCCACCGUCCAGCCGGCGGUUCUCUAAGCCUUCUUCUCGUGCGGAGGACGGCAAUGGCGGCGGCGGCGGCGGAGGCGGCGGAGCGGAAGGAGCGGAGCUUGUGGGAGGAGGCUCUGCGGAAGAUGCUUCCCCCUGGAGCUCCGCUGCCCGACGAGGAACACCUCGACUACUCGAUCGCCGUUGAGUACGACGGUCCCCCCGUCCCUUACGAGGUUCCCAAGAUCGAGCCUUUGGACCUACGGAGCGCCUCUUCCAGCGCCUCCGCCGGCGACUUGCCGGCGCUCCCAAGGGGGCCCAGAUUCAACCGCCUCCGGACCGGGGAGCCACGGGGGAGCCCGAUGGAGAGCGCGCGAUCGUCCUCCGUCGUCCAGUCCCAGCGAGGGUCGGCGGAGUCCGACGGCGGAGACACGUCCCGGUCCAGCCCUAGAGCUUCCUCGGCGCGCGACCCCAACUCUCUCUCCGGCUCUCCCCGGAGGCCCCGACCCGGGACCGUGACGUUUAAUACCACGGUGGAGUCCGAGAAGGAGGAUGACCUCUCCGGCGGCUCCCCAGCGGCUGCACCGCUGCCGGCGGCUCCGUCGAGGGAGAGGAGGAGGGGGGUCUGCAGCAGGUGCGGGAAAGGUAACAUCUUGAAGGAGAGGGAGGCCUGUCUGGUCUGCGACGCGAGGUACUGCAGCAACUGUGUGCUGAAGGCUAUGGGGUCCAUGCCGGAAGGGAGGAAGUGUGUGAGCUGUAUUGGCCGUCCGAUCGAUGAGUCGAAGAGGCCGAGCCUUGGUAAGUGUUCAAGGAUGCUGUCUAAGUUGUGCAGUCCGUUGGAGGUCCGGCAGAUCAUGAAGGCAGAAAGGGAGUGCCCUGCAAACCAGCUCAGACCUGAGCAAUUGAUCGUCAAUGGGCAGCCAUUGAGGCAGGAAGAGCUCGAUGAGAUUUUGGGGUGUUCAAUGCCGCCGCAGAAGUUGAGGCCCGGGAGGUACUGGUAUGACAAAGAUUCUGGGCUGUGGGGAAAGGAAGGUGAGAGACCUGAUAGGAUUAUAAGUUCCAAGCUGAAUGUGGGAGGGAAGCUAAGGCCAGAUGCAAGCAAUGGUAACACACAAGUUUUUAUAAAUGGGCGUGAGAUCACCAAGUUAGAACUCAGGGUUUUGAAGUUGGCCAAUGUGCAAUGUCCACGAGAUACUCAUUUCUGGGUAUAUGAUGAUGGUUCAUAUGAGGAAGAGGGACAGAAUAACAUAAGAGGAAAGAUUUGGGAAAAGGCUUCAACUCGGCUGAUAUGUUCAUUGUUCUCGUUGCCUACCCCUCCUGGAAAUCAUCCUGGAUCAAAAGAAGAUGCAUCUACAUUUUCAGGCAGGUCUGUGCCAGAGUAUCUGGAGCAAAAGAGAGUCCAGAAACUUUUGUUACUUGGGCUAGAAGGAUCAGGAACCAGCGCUAUCUUUAAACAGGCAAAAUUCUUGUAUGGAAACAAGUUCACUCCAGAGGAAAUGCUAGACAUGAAGCUCAUGAUUCAAAGCAACCUGUACAAAUAUCUCAGCACAUUACUUGAGGGUCGAGAGCGAUUUGAGGAUGAGUCUUUAGAGGAGAAAAAAUCUCUUGCUCUGCAUGCCGAGAAGUCUAUCCAAGGGGAAGGAAGAGUUGAGGAAAGUAACAAAUGCAUAUACUCAAUCAAUCAAAGGUUGAAACAUUUUUCUGAUUGGCUGCUGGAAAUUAUGGCUAUGGGAGAUCUGGAUGCCUUUUUUCCUGCUGCAACGCGUGAGUAUGCCCCUGUAGUGGAGGAGGUUUGGAAAGAUCCUGCUAUUCAAGAGACAUACAAGAGAAGAAACGAAUUACAUUUUCUUCCUGAUGUUGCAAGUUACUUCUUAGACCGGGCUAUUGAAAUAUCGAGCAAUGAAUAUGAACCUACUGAGAAGGACAUCCUAUAUGCUGAAGGAGUCACCCAGUGCAAUGGCCUUGCUUUUGUCGAGUUCUCUUUGGAUGACCGGGGUCUAAUGUCUGAGCUGUACAGUGAGAAGUUUGAUUGUCCUCCCCCCUCAAUGAAGUAUCAGCUGCUCCGAGUAAAUUCCAAAGGAUUGAGUGAAGGCUGCAAAUGGUUGGAAAUGUUUGAAGAUGUCCGUGCCGUGAUCUUUUGCGUCUCUCUAAGUGACUAUGACCAAAUGUGGUCUCGAGGCUCAGCUCCACUCGGCAACAAAAUGAUGGCAAGCAAAGAACUCUUUGAGAGUGUAGUGAGGCACCCUUCUUUUAGAGAGACUCCUUUUGUGCUCCUACUAAACAAGUAUGACACCUUCGAGGAGAAGAUCAACAGGGUACCAUUAACAGUGUGCGAGUGGUUUGCAGACUUUAGUCCAGUAAAGCCACACAACACUAACCAGUCAUUGGCCAGCCAUGCAUACUACUUCAUUGCAGUGAAAUUUAAGGAUCUAUAUGCCUCAAUCAGCGGCCGGAAGCUAUUUGUAUUUCAGACGAAGGCUCUCGAGUGCAAUACUGUUGAUGAGGCAUUCAAAUACAUUAGGGAGGUCCUGAAAUGGGAUGAUAUGAAGGAUGAAAAUAUUUUUGGGAUCCUCGAUGAGUCAUUUUACAGCACCGAUGCAAGCUCUUCUCCAUACCUUAGGCAACUAUGAUAUGCUUUAACUCUUUCUGUGGGUGGAGUUAAUUCAACAGCCUAGUGAUUCAGGAGCUGACCUGUAUCUCAGAAGCCCAGAUCUGUAACUGGGGUUUAACCUUUUUAUGUCAGACAUGGAAUGGGUGCCAUGUAAUGGUGGGGUGAUGUAUGGUGACGGGGAAAUGCUGUAAUCUAUCUACUGAGGGUGCAUAAUUGGCUGACUGGUUGCUGUAUAUUAGUGCAUAACUUACAUUGAGGUAUAAUUACAGCGUUUGCAUUGCUUCAUCCCAUGAGAGGACA